ACUCACAGUCCACUUAACUGACAGUAGCAACGUCCAAUCAGAGCGCUGGAGCAACAGCCCCUUUUUAAAAAUGAAACCGCUUUUUUCCCUCCCAAUAUGGUACCUUUUUAACAACAACAAAAGCUGUUCUUCUUCCCCGCGUGGUAUUUGUUUUUAGCGUGACAAAUUAAAGUAAAGCCCGUGAGCGUGGCAUUUGACAGAAAUAAGUGAGUAUUGACUUCUUAGCAGCACGUUCCUCGAGCAAAUCUUAAUAUCAAGCGGGCUUCCGUCGCGAGCGCGUCUCAUUCUGCUCGAGCCACUUAACGGCGUAGCUUCUAUGGCGGGUGGGGGUGGUGGAGUGGAAUGCGUACUUUGGCACAUUUUCAUUAAACGUGUCACAAUCGAUAGCUCGUUCGAGCGUGUCGUGUGCGCAGCUGCGUAGCCCACAUCUGUGCUGACGGCGAGCGCCCGCAGCAUCCGCAGGACUCGCGCAGCGUGAGAGGAGGAGCGACCACCGCGUGGAAGCAACGAUGGUCGUUCGGGGGCUGUGGAGAUGCAUACCAAGGUUGGGAAAACGAGGGGGGCGCUCUGGCUUCUUGUCGUGCCUGUGCGUGGCGAUCGUUAGCGUUGCCGUCUUCGCGUUGCUCUUUGUGGAUGUCAUUGAGUACUGGAUCACGUCUCUGCGGAUGAGCGCCGUGCGGGAGCCACAUGCCCGCAUAUUCCCCCCACAGAACGUCCCUCCCACCAGACCCGAGGAGUUUCUGCUCAUGCCCAGUCCGCUGGUGUGCCAGCGUGCCAAUCCGUACCUCAUCACCAUGGUUAUUUCGGCCCCUGCUCACCACAGGGCACGUCAAGCCAUCAGGGACACGUGGGGCGGGGAGAGCAACGUGAGUGGCUUGAGGGUCAUGACCCUCUUCAUGCUGGGUGUUCCAUCUGACCCAGGACUGGCCAAAAUGCUCUUUGAGGAGGCUAGAGAGCAAGGGGACUUAGUUCAAGGACGUUUCCUGGACUCGUACGCCAACCUGACCCUGAAAACUUUAGCCCUCCAGAGCUGGGUGCGCCGCUUCUGCCCCCAGGCUCACUUUGUAGCCAAAGUGGAUGACGACGUCCUCUUCAAUCCCAGCGCACUCCUGCACCUAUUGAACAAGAGCCGCAGCCCGUACGAACAAAGUGACUUGUAUCUCGGCAAAGUGCAUCUCCGCGUGGCUCCGAAACGGGACCCUCGAAGCAAGCACUAUGUCCCGAAUGAGGCCUACCCGUCAUCUGUUUUUCCAGACUAUUGCAGUGGUACAGCAUAUGUUCUAUCCCGCUCCGCAUUGCUCAAAAUAUCAUUGGCUGCCUCUGUGUCACCCCUAUCCACGGCUCAACCCCCCGAAGAUGUGUUUGUGGGGGUGUGCGCCCGGGCAGCUGGCAUCCUGCCUACACACUCCUCCCUGUUCUCUGGUGGACCACCUAUGCCGUAUGGACGCUGCUGCUACCAAGCCAUGGUGUCGGUACACCACAUUGCACCUCGGGAUAUGCUGUACUACUGGGCUGAUAUCCACUCAUCGGGACAGUGCCUGUGGUUGAGCACGCGAGCAUCCUUGUGCAUGUGCAAAGUCGGUGCCCUGCUGGGCUCAGUGCUUGGCCUGGGGAAGGAGGCGUGAGUGGGGCGAAAUUCAGUACUUUUAUAAAAAUGACAGUAUGCAAAAAGGGGACUUGGAACGGCCACUUCAACCUGAGUACAACCCAGCAAGAAUUUUGAAAAUUGGAAGAUGGGUUCUGGGGUUUGAAUUCAGUUUUAUUGUAUGUAUCUUUUUUUUUGUGACAUCACCUACAGAAAAUUUGUUGAAAAACAUCCAAAUUUUAGGAAGGUAUAACUUGAUGACACGUUAUACAUUUUUGUACAAAAUGUAGCAAGGAACGUGGCAUGGAAAUGGACACACAUGAUUUGCUUUUGUGGUCCACAAAAGGAUUGGCAGGCUGCACCUGGCCCCUGGGUCUUGCGUUUGACACCAGUGUACAAGGAGAAGCCCUUUUACAAUUGGCUGACAAGUUCAAGUGAAAAAUAUCCCACCAAUAAGCUCAUACAGGCCGAAAUUCCAAGGGCUUCAUUCUUGGUCAAAAUGACCAUGUUUCAAAUGGUGUCAGUUAUCCUAAAAUAUUUAUUUUUGUUUGUUUUUCAAACUUGUCAUGUUGAUACUUAAAGCACACAUUCUUGUUCAGCUGGUGUAAAUAAAUUCUAUUUUUUAUACUGUCAGUGUUGACACCAAAAGGGACACUUGCAGGAAGUGAGUUCAUCAGAUAUGAUCUGAGCAUCUUUGCACUGGCACAAACUAUUGUCGGACCUGUUUCCCCAACAUUGAUGAGUCAAGGCACAGAUUUUAAAUUAGAAAAAAACAAAAUCUGAGCCCAUUUAGUUGAAUGCAUUUUUUUUAAUUCAUUUUAUGGAAGCACACUCGACGGAGGCUGAUUUUUGUCAGCAAGCUGCGCUUAUCUAUAUUACUGAGCAACUAAUGCUGUCCCACAGGAGUGCAACUAAAGUAGUUCAUGUCUUAAACCUAACAUCAACCUUAGUAGGCAAUAUAAGCUAUUUGACAU